AGUUUCACCCGCCAGGGACGCUUCAGCCCCGCAGUCUCAACCCUCAGGAGAGUGAAUGACAAGCAAGCACACAUCCGAACUCAUACCAUACUGUACUGCACGUCUUAUUUCAGCCAAAACAUAGGGUAUAUAAAGGUAAAGAUGACAGUGGACAUCAAGCACCUCGAUGCACAUGAGCAGCCUUCAGACGAGCUCAGGGCCAAGUGGAAAACAUUCUCAAAGGCGGAACCAAAGGAUUUGCUGAACAGCUCCGACAUCGAUGAUCUAGAAGAUCCAGAAAGCGCAACCGAGUUCUCCCUUGCAGGCAGCAUUCCCAUCGACACCCUAAACACUUCGUUCAGGCAUAUCUGCCCCAAUAAUGGCGCUGAGUUCAAGGCAACGAAGGAUGCCCCAAUAUACUACCACCCUCUCCUCCCAGGCCUCCUUGUCGUCCCUUCCCUCGUCCCUCCCUCGGUUCAAAAGGCCCUCCUCAGACAUCUGAUCCACCGUGACCUGAGCCAACCGCACCACCAAACCAACCUACAUCUGCACUUCAACCUCCCCUACCCCACCAGCGAAGACCCCUCCUUCUUCUCUUACCCGCCCUCAUCCGCAGUGACCUUCGCCCCAAAGGACCCGUCUGUGCACAAGCCGCUGAGCAUCAAGCAGGUCCUGGAGCGCAAGCUGCACUGGGUGACGCUGGGCGGGCAGUACGACUGGACGAACCGGGUGUACCCGGAGGACGGCGGCCCCGCCAUGCCCGCCUUCCCGGCCGACGUCGCCAGGUUCUUGGAGACUCUGUUUCCCGAGACCAAGGCGCAGGCGGCGAUUGUCAACUUUUACACGCCGGGGGACACCAUGAUGAUGCACCGCGAUGUGUCGGAGGAGACGGAUAAGGGCCUGGUCAGCCUGAGUCUCGGGUGUGAGGCGUUUUUCAUGAUUGCGCCGAAUGAGGGCGAUGUGGAUGCGGAUGCCGCUGGUCUAGAGGAGCGAAGGGAGCACAGACCAGAUGCUGAGAGUGGCGAGAAGGAGAAGGAGGAGAAGAAGAAGGAGGGGGAGAAGAAGGAGGGGGAGAAGAAGGAGGAGAAGGAUGAGGAGAAGAAGGAGAAGAAGGAGAAGAAGGAGGAGAAGAAGAAGGAGUUCCUGCUGCUGAGGCUGAGGUCAGGAGAUGCGAUUUACAUGACGAAGGAGUCCAGGGUCGCGUGGCAUGGGGUGCCGAAGGUGCUGAAAGGGACGUGCCCUGAGUAUCUGGAGGAUUGGCCGGCUGAAGAUGGGAAGUACGAGGAUUGGAGAGGGUGGAUGCGGAGUAAGCGUAUCAACCUCAAUGUGAGGCAAAUGAGAGACUGAGCUGGGUACGAUCAACCCAGAGGUUGCGUGGCACCUCAGUUUUGGAAAGCAUGGCGGCCGCCCACUCACACAUACAGGGUUUAGAGGCUGCGAACGGCGGGCAAGCUACGCCAGGAGUUCUUCCGCAGAGCCUUACAGA